AAAAAGGAAAUCCAGUUUAUUUUUCAUGAUAAAAUCGUUGAGUAUAAAAGUUUUGUUUCCCAUGGAUAGAACAUUGAGUAAAGCCAUUUGCAUUGUGGCAUUUCCUUUGGUCAUCUUCCGCUCGAUACAGACGGAGAGAAGAUUCCGCAGCUCAAUGCUUCUUGUACAGACGGGUGACCAUCCCGAUUGUCUCACCAAGGCCGCGCCACGCACGCCAGUCGUGAAGCGCCCAUACAUUUUUCGUUUAACAUCUCUCCUGUCCGCAAGUGUUGGAUAACGGACGAAAUACGUCACUGAGUUUUCUGCCACCCGUGGUCCAUUUCAGUUUCACAAUAACACCGCCGCGUUUUCCGCGCUUCCUCGGCGUCUUCGAUGAGCGGCGGGGGAGGAGCGGCACAGGUGCACGGAGGGAGGAAACCCGAUCCCUUAAAAUCGUCUUUAGAAGGAACAUAUCCGCUGCUUAUCGUAGGCUAUAUACAUUUGAGCGAGUUAAUUAAACUGGUGGUGAAACGCAUCAUAUUACCAUAGAUUUUGUAUUUAUUUUACUUUUUCUUUCUGUCUUUCUUUCCUUUUUUUUUGUCACAGAUAAAACAAAACAUGCCGAAAAGAAGGGACGUCUUAGCACUCUUUUUGAUUUUGUUACCGUGGACUUUACUGAUCACAUUUUGGCAACAGCUUGCUGGCUGCCCAUUGAUUCCAGUUCCUAAAGAUAACAGAACUGGGGCCAGUAAAGCUAACCAAAGUGGCUUUAGACUUCAUGAGUCGUGCAUCACUAUGAACAAGAGUAUCACUAAGGCCACCCAGAUUAAGUAUGUCUACCAGCGCCCUCCACCCUGGUCUGACACACUGCCAACUCUUCAUGUAAUAACACCAACCUACAGUAGACCCGUUCAGAAGGCUGAGUUGACCCGGCUCACUAACACCCUCCUACUAAUCCCCAACCUUCAUUGGCUGGUGGUGGAGGACUCGGUGCAGAAGACAGCGAUGGUGUCCAGACUGCUAGAGAACACUGGAAUGAAUUACACCCACUUGAACGUAGAGACGCCUAAGAAUCUCAAGACACUAAAGAAGCCCAGAAAUCACAGUUUCCCACGCGGCAGCAUGCAGAGGAACCUGGCUCUCAGCUGGCUCAGGGAACACAUAAAUCAAAACUCCAGUCAUAAAGGAGUCGUGUAUUUUGCAGAUGAUGACAAUACUUAUUGCUUGGAGCUGUUUGAGGAGAUGCGUUGGACUCGUAAAGUGUCAGUCUGGCCGGUCGCCCUUGUUGGAGGUCUCCGGUAUGAAUCGCCCAGAAUCAACUCUCAAGGCAAAGUGAUCGGCUGGAAGACGUUGUUUGACCCUCAACGACCUUUUGGCAUUGACAUGGCUGGGUUUGCAGUGAAUCUUCAGCUCAUCCUCAGCAGACCUCAAGCUUGUUUUAAGUUAAAAGGGGUAAAAAGUAAAUACCAGGAAGGUAGUCUGCUACAGGACCUGGUCACCCUCAGUGACCUGGAACCCAAAGCCGCUAACUGCACAAAGAUACUGGUUUGGCAUACCCGGACAGAAAGACCCUUUCUUGGGAAUGAAGGAAAAAAGGGAUUCAGGAGUGGCACCUUGGAAGUAUGAUGAACAACUUUCAUGAUGUUUUUAAACUCUAAGUAUCUGGAACAGAAGUAAUAAAACUUAUUGUUUAUUGCACUGACUGUAAACUGUCAGAGACACACUGAAGUAUUUGACUUAAGGCUGGAAUAUGCUACCUGUAUCUGCAGUCUUUAUGAGUCAAUGCAUGUUUUGAAAGUCACAGCCAGUCUACAUAUAUUUACACACUGUGAAAAAUAAUGUCAAAUUUAGUGUUAAAAAAUGGCAGCUCAAGGUGCUUCCUGAACCAGAACAGAA